AAAAAAAUGAUAAAUAACAAAUAAUUAUUGAUUAUUUUUAAAGUCCGACGUUCUAGAUAAUAUAUUUUGACAGAUUGACUAGUAGGUGGCGCUUCGAUCGUCGUGUAUUUCGACUCGUGUACUCCUUGUGUUUCUCUUAACACCGCCGUGUGUUCGUUUGUAAUUGGAAAAGACGUGAAAAAAUAUAUAACGAAAGUUUCUCUCGGUUUGUGUGUCUUGUGUCGCAAAAUAUAACCUCUUCUUCAAUAAAAUGAUACAAUUUUUACUUUCAACGUGUAAAGUUUUAUUCCUACGACAAAUUUGACUUAACCAAAAAGAGAGAAGGAAAAAGAAAAAGAAAAAAGCAAGAAUUGCUUUAUUUAUUGCGGGGUAAUCAAACUAAAUAUACUCAUCAUGAAAGUUAUCGUGAAAAAACUUCAAGGGAAAGAAUAUAUUAUCGAUAUUAUGCCAACAGAAACAGUUUUGCAACUGAAGCAUAAAUUAAGUGACCUUUUAGGCAUCGAUGUACCACAACAAAGAUUGUUGCUAACAGGAAAAACAUUGGCCGACGAACAGCCACUAAGUUUUUAUCCAGCGAUUAAGGAUGGAAGUAGACUUAACUUAGUUGUUAUAAAAAAAGCAGAAGAAGGACCAAGUGAGGCUAAAUCUCAUCAAAAAACUGGAACUCAAAUAUUGAGAGAUGAGGUUACAAGAGUUUUAAGGCAUUAUUAUACCGAAUCAGAAGCAGAAUCAAUCGUUAACGAGCUAAUAAAAGACUUGAAGAACAAAGUUAAUAAUCUUAGUUACGACGACUUGGAAAGAUUUGCAACCGCAUUAUUACAGGACCAAGAGAAUAUAGCUUAAAAUAAUUUCAACAAUUUUGCAAUAUCGCUUAUCAAUUGAUUACUUCUAAUAUAACUUUAUUUAAUCGA